AUGUCCGACGACGACGCCGCCGCGCCCGCCGCGGCGCCUCCCGAGGACGCGCCGCCCGCCGCGACGGAGAAGACCGAGGACGCGCCGCCCGCGGUGAAGGCGGAGCGCGCGGACGCGGACGACGACGGCGACGACGACGACGACGACGACGACGACGACGCGCCCGGGUCGCCCGUCCCCCCGGGAUCGCCCAAGGCGCCGUCGUCCUCGCCGCCGAUGGCGGACGACGACGACGACAGCGACGACGACGACGGCCCGGUCGUCGCGCGCCGACGCCAGCGCGGCGCCGUCACCGUCGUCGUCGACGACGACGACAGCGACGACGACGACGAGGACGACAAGAGGCGGAAGAAGCGCAAGGCGAUGGAGCUCGACGAGGACGAUUACGACCUCCUCGAGGACAACCUCGUGACGGGAUUCACGCGCAAGGAGAAGAAGAAGCGCAUCGGGAAGAAAUCGGAGAAGGACAAGGCGGCGGAGAAGGCGGCGAAGAAGGGCGGCGACAAGCCGAAGACGAUGGCCGAGGUGGAGCGCGAUCUCUUCGGCGGCUCGGACGACGAGGAGCUCGAGGAGGAGGACGAAGACGACGACGUCUCCAAGGAGAAAAAAAUCAAACCCGCCGUCGUGAAGGAUGAAAAAGACUUCGUGGACUACGACGACGAGGACAGCGAGGACGAGUUCGCGGACUUCAUCGAGCGUGAGGAGGGCGAAGGCCCGAGGCCGAAGAAGAUCAAGUCGCACGUGCCGGGCGUGCGGAGCGACCAGCUGCAAGACGCGUUCGACAUCUUCGGAGACGUCGGCGAGCUCCAGGCGAUGUUCGCGCAGAGGGACCGGGGCGACGACGAAGGCGACCUUGGCGAAAGGUUCGACGAAGAGAGCGAGUACGAGACGGACGAGGAGGAGGACGACGGCGUCGCGCUCGAGGACGAGGGCGACGACGCGCUCGAUCGCCCAGAUAAGAAGAAGAAACGGCGGCGAAGAAGAAAGACGUCUGCGCGAUCCGCGGCGGCGGGCCGCCCCGGGCGCGGGUCCUGGCUGCACGCGUUCGAGCCGUCCGUCGUCCGCGAGCAGAUGCUCACGGCGAAGGACGACGAGAUCCGAGAGACGGACUGGCCGGAGCGCAUGCAGCUCGACGCGAGAGUGACGCCGUUCAAGAAGGAGGACGCCGCCGCCGAGGCGAAGUGGAUCUUGGAUCGCCUCAUGGGCGUCGGCAGCGUUCGAGACGCGCCGACGUUCGGCGGCGAGCUCCUCCUUCGCGGGUGGGCGGACGACGAGUCGCAGGACGAGCACGAGGACCGCGUGAGGAACAUCGAGGAGAACGAGCGCGGGAACCUCCCGAAGGAGGAGGCGGAGGCGGCGGAGGCGGCCAUCGCGGAUCUGCUGUGCAUGACGCACCUCGAAGGGCUCGAGAUCGCGUUCAUCGCGCAGAACCUGAAGGAUCGCGUCGCGCCGCUGCUGCGCGGGCGGCGCGACGACUCGCGCCCGCCGCCGCGCGACUCGAACCUCGCGGUCCUCGAGCGCAGGGUGCACCGACGCGACGUCCUGCACGAGGUUUUGGAGUGGGAUAAACGACACGCGCGCAUGACGCGGAGAAAGGCGGAGCUCUUGCGAAAGUUUGGAGGCGUCGUCGAGGUGUUGGGGGACGAUCACCCAGACCUGGACGAGCUCGCGGCGCUCAUGAACAAGUGCGAGGACGCGCGCGCGGAGGAGACGCUGGACGACGUCGAGGCGAAGCUCACGCUGCGGUUCGACGAGGAGAUUCAUCAGUUUCUCACGUCGGAGGCGAAGGGCGGCAUAAAAAAGUCCGGCGCGGAGUCCACGCACGUUCGCCCGCUGAACCGCACGGCGUACGCGCACCACAGGAAGAAGGGCCUGCGCGACUUGCUCCCGAUGUACGGCGCGACGCCCGCGGCGCUCGCGCAGUCGCUGAAUUCCUACCGCCGAAACGCGGGGACGGAGAAUCAAGUCGUCCCGGACAUGAUGCCCGAAGACGCCGCGUCGGUGUACGUCGGCGAAGAGACCGGGUACGGCGACGUCUCCGUCGUCCUGAAAGCGCUGACGCACGUCGCCGCGGCGGAACUGUCCGUGGAGCCGUCCGUGCGCGCGUGGAUGCGCGUCGUCGUGCGCCGCAAGGCGCAAGUGUGGACGCAGCCGACGCCGAAGGGGACGAUCGAGAUCGAUCCGUUUCACCCGCUCGCGCGCGUGAAGCGCCUUCAGAACAAGCCCAUCUCCGAGUUCACCGGCACCGAGUUCGCGGCGGUGCUGCGCGCGUACGACGAGGGGCUCAUCACGCUGAGAGUAGCGCUCCCGGAGAAGGUGAUCGACGACGUCAUGGCUGAGGCGGAACAGGCGUACCUCCUCGAAGACGUCUCCGAGAUUGCCGACGCGUGGAACGCGCUUCGCAAGGACGCGCUGCACUUGGGACUGAAGAAGCACCUCGCGGUGUCGCUGACGAAGAGCGCGACGGUGCUGCUCGCGCGCGAGGCGAUCGCGGAGGUGAAGCGCGAGUGCGGCGAGGCGCUGUGGCCGAAGAUUUCCAACCGCCCGUGGGCGCCGGAGAUUAAAUCCACCGAGGAGUACCACGACGACGAGGUCGACGUCCGAGUCCUCGCCGCGGUGUGGGGUCCCGGCACGCCCGCGACGACGUUCGCGAUGCUCGACGCGGAGGGUGAGCUCGUGGACUUCCUCGAGUGCCCGAACAUCGCGGUGCGCGCCGCCGGGCCGUUCGCCGGGCAGUCCGCCGCGGGCCAACGCCGCGACGCCGACAUGAAUCGUCUCGUGCAGUUUAUGAUCGAACACCGCCCGCACGUCGUCGCCGUCGCCGCGUCCUCGAACGCGGGGAUGAACUGCAAGUUUCUGCGGGAAGCCGCGAGGCAGGCUGUGGAGAAGAUCGUCGAGGAUCACGCGCGCGCGAUUCCGGAGGAAGUGAACACGAUCGAGGUGCACUUCGUCGACGACACGAUUCCCGCGCUCGCGGGCGCGUCGGCGGCGAUGCGAGAAGAACUCAGAGAGCACAAGGAGGAGGUGCGUCACGCGACGUGCGUCGGGCGGUACCUGCGCAACCCCGCGGGCAUCGUCGCGGCGCUCGCGAGCGGCGGCGAGGCGGCGUCGCUGACGCUCUCGACGCUCCAGGACGCGCUCACUGAGGACGAGCGUCUCGCGGUGUUCACGCGAGCGCUCGCCGACGUCGUCAACCAAGUCGGCGUCGACGUCAACGCGUGCGUCGCGCACCCGUGGCAGCAAAAGGCGCUCAACUACGUCGCGGGCUUGGGCGCGAGGAAGGCGGCCGCCGUGGUCGCCGCCGUGCGCGCGUCCGACGGCGGCGCGCUGGAGACGAGAGCGGAGCUCGUGUACGAGCUCGGGAUCGUUGGUCCGAUCGUGUUUCGAAACGCGGCGAGCAGCCUUCGCGUCGUGGACGACGACAUCCUGGACGCGACGCGGAUUCACCCGGAGCGAUACGCGCAGACGUUUGAAAUCAUCGCCAACGCGCUCGAUUACGACCUCGAGCAGCUCAAGAAGGCGAGCAAGGCGGUGCAGCGAAAGACGGUCGAGCGCGCGCUCGAUCCGGAGCACUGGGAGAAGUUCGCGGAGCUGGAUCUUCGCGCGUACGCGGAGUACCUCCACGGCGAGGGCCAGGGGUGGAUCUACCAGACGUUGAGAGAGGUGCGCGUGGAGCUCCACGAACCGUACGGAGACAUUCGCGGGCCGUGGGAGCCCCCCACCGCGUGGGAGGAGUUCGCGCUCCUCACGGGCGAGACCGAGCACAGCCUGUGCGAGGGGAAGAUCGUGCAGUGCACGGUGAGGAAGCUCGUGCGGCCGAACCCGACGAUGGGGAUCAACGCGGAGGUGCUCGUGUCUCUCGAGAGCGGCGUCACGGGGAAGAUUCAAAAGGAAGAUUUAUCCGAUAACCACGUGAACCGCCUCGAGGAUAAGGUGGCGGUCGGGCAGGUCAUCUCCGCGCGCGUCAAGCCGAACGGGAUCGACUACGAAGCCGGGGUGGUGCAUCUCGCGUGCGCCGGGAGCGUGCUGUCGCGCGAGGCGACGCAGCAGUGGGAGGCGGAGAAGUGGGGCCGCACGCCGUACUACUCGCUUCAGGUGAUGGACGGCGAGAUUCCCAAACCGAAGAAGAAGAAGAGGCAAGCGUCGCGGCCGAGCUUCAUUCACAGGAACAUCAACCACCCGCUGUUCCAGAACGUCACCGCGCUGCAAGCGCAGGAGAUUCUCAAGACGCAGGACAUCGGCGAGGUGCUGCUGCGGCCGAGCAGCAAGGGCGUCACGCACCUCUCGCUCACGGUGAAAUUCUACGACGACAUGUACGUGCAUCACGACAUCAAGGAAGGGAAAAAGCCCGGCGUCGGUCACACCGCGAACCUCGCGCUGGGGUCCCCGCUCACCGUGGACGGCGUCGAGUACGAAGACCUGGACGAGGUGUACGCGCGGCACGUCGAGCCGAUGGUGACGAACCUCAAGGCUAUGAUUCGCCACCGGAAAUUCCGACGCGGGACGAAGAGAGACGUGGACCAGCGUCUCAAGGCGGAGAUGGCGCGGCACCCGGACACGCGGCCGUACGCGCUGUCCGUGAGCUUCGAACACCACGGCGUGUUUUGCCUAUCGUCCAUCCUCAGCAAGAGCGGGAACGUGCAUCACGAGUACAUCAGCGUCAAGCCGGAGGGGUUUCGGUUCCGCCGGAUGGAGUUCCCCACCGUGGAUCGCAUGCUCGCGUAUUUCAAGGUGAAUCCUCGCGCGCCCGUCGCGGCGCCCGCGGUCGAGCCGCCCCGCGAGGAGCCGCGGUACGACGCGUACCCGCCGAGCCAGUGGCAGCAGCAGCAGCCGCCGCCGCCGAUGCAGAGCCAGUGGCAGCAGCCGCCGCCGCAGUAUCAGCAGUAUCAGCCGCCGCCGCAGUACAAUCAGCCGCCGCCGGCGCCGCCGCCGGGCGGGGGAUGGGGCGCGCCGCCGGUGCACGCGUACCAGGGCGCGCCGCCGCCGAUGCCGGGCGCGCCGCCGCCGAUGCAGCCGCCGUAUCACCAGCAGCAGCAGUAUCAGCGGUACUGAGAACUGAGAGGCGAGCGAGACGGAGUGGAGAACUCCGCGGAGAGACGACAAAGGAAGGACGACGUGCGAGCGUUUCUGAAAAACGUCGCGCGAGCGGGUCGACCGGCUGGUCGCCCCCUCGCGCGCCUAAAAACCUAAAAACAGCUAUUAAUACCCCAAAAGAGGAA